UCCCGGAUAAUGUCAGCCAAAGGAAUUGCGUUUGAGCUUUUGUGCGAGGCGCUAGAGAAAGAUCCAGAAAUAUGUGAAGUUGGCAAAACUUUCUUUCAGAGCGAGUUGGUCUCGUCGUAUCCGGGACACAGAGUAGCUGUGUCUGCGUCUGUUCUCCCCGAUCUCUACGUACACGCACACAGAUCGCUCUUCGAGCUCAAAUCUCGAAGAUACCGCUUGGAUAACAAGGACACGCCCCCGCACGUAGUUAAGGCCUUUGAAAAAUUGUCUCGAGUCGUCGUGCUAUUCAAUUCAGAAUGUGCAACGGCAUGGAAUAUAAGAAAAGAACUGCUGGAGUCAAAUCGAACUGAUUUGUUGGUUGAAAGGCACCUCUGUGAUGUCGUACUUCGAUCUUUUCCAAAGAGUCGCGAGACGUUCGUCCACCGACGAUGGCUGGUUCGAAAUGCCACACAGAGUCUAAAAGCGUGUCAAGACGUUUGUGGUAUGUCAUUGACUGAGUUGUUAGAGCAAGAACGACGAGUGUGUCAGUGGUGUGCAGAGCUGGCCAGGCAUAACUACCAGGCGUGGAAUCAUCGGGUUUGGGUUUUGAGACUGCUGAUCGAGUGUGACAGUAGCUGCAACAUCAUGGAUGUGGUCAAGGUGGAUCUUAUUGAUACUGCGUUAUGGUUGGAAUCACACGUUUCGGACUACAGUGGCUUGCACCAUCGCUACUGCGUUAUGAUGUACGUAACGAUAUCUUUUCAGAGCUCUAGGACUUUAGGUUGGGAGGAGGUGGUUAUUGAUCUACUGACUAGCGACUUGGACAAGCUUUCUGGUCUGAUUAGGUUUUUUCCAGGACAUCAGACUCUUUGGUAUUACAGGCGGGCUGUUGUGUAUCUUCUAGUUCAUUGCUUGGCAGAUACGUCAUCUGAUCAAAUCUGUCUAGACUCACCAAGUCGGCUCAAUUGUGUCACUUUGUUGAAGAACGAAGACACAUUUUCAAAAGAGAUUUGUAAGCAGUCGUCUGAAGGGAUUGAGGAUUUUAAGCAGUCGGAACUAGCUGCUCUGCACAGCAAAUGGCUACAUAUCGCAAAGAAUCUCGGUGCUAGUGCAACUGAUUAAUUGCCUAAUUUCAUUUCUUUGUGGUAGUUUGCCUUUUUGAGAAUUUCUACACUGUACCUGUAGGUAUUGUGCUUCUACAAAAAAGCUAAAUGGUUUCUGGA